AUGAGAAUAUUAUUGCCGAUUCUUGUCUAUUUCACUUGUAUUAUCUGUGUUGAAUCAACGAGUUUCCCAUGCGGUCCCUCAUUCACUCCAUGUCCCGGCAGAAAAGCGCGCGGAGCAAUCACAAAUUCGAUUCUCGAUGAUCUUCGUUCAAAUUCCGACAUCAGUGUCCCGCUUCGAUCACUCGAAUUCGAUCUGGACAAUGAAGGAGAUGAAGAAGAGAGGCCAUUCGUGAUCGAAAACCGUCUUGGUCAAUCCCUUCUCCGUUUCUCAUUCCCAUCUGAGAUCUCGAAAUUCUUCUCCUAUUCAGCGCUCAUUUCCCAAGUCGCUUCACAGAAAUUGGCUAGUAAAGGAGCAACAUUGGAUCAAAUCGAGAAUAGCGAUUUGAAGGGGACAACGCUGGAAAAGAUUUGUCCAUUGAAAGCCAUCGAGGAAUGCAAAUUGGGAAAAUACAGGACGUAUUCUGGUGUAUGCAACAAUGUGGAGAGGCCGUUAUGGGGAUCGAUCAAUCAACAAAUGCAGAGAUUGCUGAAAGCUGAUUAUGAUGAUGGUAUCGCUGCACCACGAGGAUCCACUCAAAACGAUCGAUUGCCGUCACCUCUGCUGAUCUCUGACCUCUUCUCUUCACCUCAAAAUGUGCAUGUUUCGUGUUCAAUUUGGGUUUCUGUGUGGUCUUUAUUCAUCCUUGAUGAUCUCUCACUUCCAUCGAUUCCAUUUCUCAGCCAGGGCGCUCAGAAAUCAUAUUUUAAAGGCGAAUCUCCAAUACCUCUUCCUUGUUGUUCAAAUGAUGAGACACUUCAUCCUGAAUGUUUCCCAAUUCUUGGAAAUGACGGUGAAUGUCUUCCCUAUUCCCGUUCCAUGCUUUCUCCUCAUUCAAAUUGUUCACUCGGUUCUCGUGAACAAAUGAAUGAGGUGACAUCGUUUAUUGAUGGAAGUAAUAUUUAUGGAUCAAAUGUGGAUACAGUCAACAAAUUGAGGACAUUGAAAGAUGGAAAGCUUUCACUGAUCACUUCGCUCACCUCACCGAUCGGAUUUCCACCAAAUAGUGAAGGGCAAUCGCCUUGUUCAAGUUCUGUUCAGCAUUGUUUCCAAUCCGGUCAUCCCCGUUCCAAUCAAUUCCCAUCAACGUCGGCUCUCUAUAUUUUGUGGAUGAGACAACAUAAUAAUAUUGCUCGAGAGUUAAAGGAAGUGAAUAAACAUUGGAAUGACGAGCGAAUCUUCGAGGAAACGCGGAAAAUCAUCAUCGCUCAAAUUCAACAUAUCACUUAUUCUGAAAUGUUACCAAUGCUAAUUGGAAAAGAGACUCUUCGUCGUGAUGGAUUAUCGCUCAGAAAUCGGGGAUUUGAUUCAAAUUAUGAUAUGGAAGUGAAUCCGAACGCUUUGAACGAGUUUGUCUCGGUUUUGAGUGGUUUCUUUUAUUCGCUGCAUCCGCCGACAAUUCAAUAUCUUGAUGAGAAUGAUUCGGUUCUGAGAGAAGAUCCACUUCGAAAAGUGUUUAUGGAUCCGAGUCAACUCGUGAAUCGUGGAAGAUUUGAAGCGAUCAUGCGUUUUUUGUCUCGCCGCCAAAUGAAUCGUCCCGGUUUGACAAUGGCUGAAGAUUUGAGGAAACGAUUUUUGGGGGUUGAAGGUUUCGAUCUCGCCUCGUGGAUAAUCCAAAUGGGAAGAGAUCACGGGAUUCCAUCAUACAACAAAUGGAGACAUUCAUGUGGAUUGAUUGUACCGAAAGAUUGGAGGGAAUUCGGGGAAAUUAUUGGUGAUGAGAAGAAAGUUGAAGAGUUUGAGAAGAUCUAUCGAUCGAUUGACGAUGUUGAUCUGUUUGUGGGAGGAAUGGCUGAGAUAGCGAUUAAGGGAGCUCUUCUCGGACCGACGUUCAGCUGUAUUCUUUCCCGACAAUUUCACAACACUCGUGUCGGCGAUCGUUUCUGGUACGAGAAUUUCUUCACUCCAACCUCAUUCACCCAAGAGCAACUCGAAGAGAUCCGAAAGACGACAUUGGCAAGGAUCAUUUGCGAGAAUACGGAUUCCUCUCUUCACUCACUUCAACCACAUCUCUUUGUUGUGCCCGAUUUAUGGGGUAACUGUGAAGUUGAGUGUAAUUCGACGGUGAUUCCAAAAGUGAAUUUGAAAGUUUGGAUUGACGAGGAACCACAGCCAAAGCUGCCCAUUACACAGAAAACCCUCGAGAAAGCGAUUCGUUUGGGUUUUGAGCAAUUCGAGAGAUUGGAAAGAGAGGAAAAGUCGAGGAUUGAUCGAUUGAAUGUGAAUCUUGAAAGAGACUCAUCACUUGUCUCUCAUUCAUUGUUGAUGUCACCAAAGAAAGAAUCGAUUGACAUAUCGAGGAAAGCAUCGAUUCUAUCACAGGCGACAAGGAUACUCUUGGAUGGUACGGAACUCGAUCCAACCGAGCGUCUCCCAUCGGAUCUUUCCCUCAAAACUCUCCAAAAAUUGCUUCCAUCAAUCGACGUGGCAACAAUUAUCGGCAAUUUUACACCAUUUUUGGGUCGAGAGAAUCGAAAACGCGAAGAAUGCCUUCCGGAACCACUUCCAUGCGAUCACACAUACAAAUACAGAACCUAUUCGGGCUGGUGCAAUAAUUUGAAAUUCCCAAAGUACGGGAAUGCUUUCGGGCCGAUGAGGAGAUUGCUCGAUCCAGCCUAUGAUGAUGGUUUCGACCAUCCUCGAACUCUUUCCAAAACCGGACGCCCACUUCCAUCAGCUAGGAAAAUCUCGAAUCACGUUCACGCGGAUUCUCCAAAAUUUCACGUUAAAUUCACGCAUAUGUUGAUGCAAUUCGGGCAAAUCCUCGAUCACGACAUGAUGCAUUCGCCGAUUGCAAGAGGCCCAAACAACACGAUUCUCAAUUGUUCAGCGUGCGAUUCUUUCGAGAAAGUCUCAGUCCAUUGUUUUCCAAUUCGAAUCGAUCCCGGUGAUCCAUUCUUCCCGGCGACACACUCAAAUGGGAAACCGAGAUGUAUGCCAUUUGCGCGAAGUCUUCUCGCUCAACUCACUCUCGGAUAUCGAAAUCAGCUAAAUCAACUAACAUCAUUCCUUGAUGCAUCAACGAUUUACGGAUCAACCGAAUGUGAAGCGAAUCGAUUGAGACUCUUCUCGCGAGGAUUGCUCAACUUUACGAAUCUUGGUUUCAACAAAGAGGCACUGCCACAAGGACCACAAGAAAGGGAUUGUCGAUCGAUUCUCACCGAUUCGAAAGCUCGUUGUUUUGAGGCGGGCGAUGAGCGAGUGAAUGAGCAACCUGGAUUGGCCGCUUUGCACACGAUUUUCCUUCGUGAACACAAUCGAUUAGCGACCGAGUUGCGAAAAUUGAACAAUUUCUGGAAUGACGAGCAAUUGUAUCAAGAAACUCGUCGUAUCAUGAUCGCGAAACUUCAGCAUAUCAUCUUUUCCGAAUGGCUACCGGUAGUAGUCGGUUGUGAUACAAUGUCCCGCUAUGAUUUGAUGCCGAAAAAGACUGGCUAUUAUACGGAAUACGAUCCACAUUGUGAUGCAUCAAUUACCCAAGAAAUGUCGACUUCAGCUUUUCGUUUUGGUCACACUUUGAUACGGGCGGUUUUCCCGCGAAUGAAUGCCGCAUUUGGGAACGAGACUGAGCCAGUGCUGUUGAAAGAUCACUUCUCGAAUCCUCUUCCAUUGUACAAUAAAUCGGUGGGGCAUAUGGAAUCGCUAUUGAUGGGAUUAGUCGGAUCUGAAAGUAUGGCAUUCGACGCCUCAAUCACGGAUGCGGUCAGAAAUCAUCUAUUCGCCAAACCGGGAGGCCCACUCACAGGAAUCGAUCUCCCGGCGGUAAAUAUUCAAAGGGGAAGAGAUCACGGAGUCAAAGAAUACAACGCGUAUCGUGAAAUGUGCGGUUUUCCAAAAGCUCGUCACUUUUCCGAUCUCAAAGACACGAUGGACAACGAAGCGAUUAAGGCCCUCGAAAAGGCUUAUGAGAAUGUCGACGAUAUCGAUUUGUUCCCGGGAUUGAUGAGUGAGAGGCCACUGAAAGGUGCUUUGGUGGGGCCGAUGCUCGGCUGCAUUAUCGCCGAGCAAAUGCAACGAUUGAAGAAAUGCGAUCGUUUCUAUUAUGAAAAUGAUCAAUCAAACACUAAAUUCACUAUCGGACAACUGGCCGAAAUCCGGAAAUCCUCACUUUCUGGAAUGAUCUGUCGGAAUAGCAAUUGGGCUGCACAAAUGCAACCAAAUGUGUUCUUGAUGCCCGAUGAGUUGACUAACGCUCCAAUCGGCUGCAGUGAAGUGCCGGAGAUUGACCUGACCGAAUGGAUAGAUAGACAAUGGUGUGUGAUCGGGGAUCGGGUAAUUGGAAGAGGGAAAACAGCCAAAGCGACUCCAUGUGUUACUUGCACCUGCACAUCGGAUGGGCCCGAAUGCCACCCCAUACAAAUCGAAAAUUGUGAAACUCUACUGAACUUCUAUUCAUUGGAAGACAUACAAGCGGACACUUCUUGUGCGAUUCAAUGUUCUAGUCUAUUGAAAAGGCACACCGAAGAACUC